AUGCCUUUCUGCAUGGCUGACAGUUAUGCGCGUGUGAGAGCAGUGGUCAUGACGCGGGAUGAUUCCAGUGGAGGGUGGCUUCCCCUAGGCGGUGGCGGCCUCAGCUGUGUUACCGUCUACAAGGUCAGCCAGGCGGAGGACAGCGGCAGCGCCCACAGUGGCGGAACCCGGGGCAGCACCGGCAACCUUAGCCCUUGUAGCCCCAGUCCGACACCCAGCCCAAGUCCCAGUCCCAGUCCCACGGCGGUGGAGUUUUACAUAAAGGGGGAGCGGCUCAAAGACAAGCUGGUUGUACUGGAAUGUGUCCUGCAGGAGGGCCUCGUGUACAACAAGGUCAACCCAAUCUUCCACCACUGGAGAAUUAAUGACAAAAAGUUCGGGCUGACCUUCCAGAGCCCUGCCGACGCUCGCGCCUUCGAUCGGGGCAUACGCAGGGCCAUUGAAGACAUCGGCAAAGGCUGUAAACCAUUUGGCGAAGGGGAUACUCAGGAGGACGGACUACCAGCUUGCGAGGAGCCUCCUUCUAUCUGUACACCCAUGAAGGAGCCCUUCUCCCCUCUGAACAAUGUGGUUUCAACUGAGCCCUUCAGAGGCUGCUACGUACGUGCUCAGCCCUUCGACGAGUUCUCCUCCAGCAACCGACGCUACCUGCCGCCACAGGUGUCAUUCAAGUCAACACGCCAUGUCAGCUUUCACAUGGACGAAGAGGAGAUCGUCCGCAUCAACCCGCGCAAGGACGUGCUCAUUCGUGGCUACGAGGACUACCGCCACCCGGUCAUGUGGAAACAGGACGCAGAGCGAGAGGACCUGGACUUCCCGCCAGCCUUCCACAAACCAGACAGUAAGAAGUGCGAGUACCUCUUCCCCGACGGCCCCGGUAUGGACCCCCACUCGGGCUCCGGCAUGCGCACGGGCAUGGGCCUCGGCCUUGGCAAGGACACGGCCAUCAAGACUCAGCCCUCGCCGCUGCUCAAGUCCAAGAAGGGGAGACGGCGGCGGGAGGACGGAGAGCGCUCGCGCUGCAUCUAUUGUCGGGAGAUGUUCAACCAUGAGGACAACUGGCGGGGGCAGUGCCAAGACGCCCCCGACCCCAUUAAGCAGUGCAUCUACAAAGUCAGCUGCAUGCUGUGCGCCGAGAGUAUGCUCUACCACUGCAUGUCCGACUCUGAGGGCGACUUCUCGGACCCGUGCUCUUGCGACACGUCCGACGAGCAGUUCUGCCUGCGCUGGCUCGCCCUGGUGGCGCUCUCCUUCAUCGCGCCCUGCAUGUGCUGCUACCUGCCCCUGCGUGCCUGCCACCACUGUGGCGAGGCGUGCCGCUGCUGCGGGGGCAAGCACAAGGCAGCCGGGUGA